CGAGAACGAUGACUCCUCGCGAUACAGGGGGUUUGGAUGCUCGACUACUCGACAUGGCCGCGUUGAAUUUGUUACCAAAGAAAGAAGAGCUGAUUGAUGAACCUCCUCCGAAAAUAGUACUGGAGCGUGGAAAGCUGUUGCAAGAAGUUCGGAAAGUCCUUGAAGGGCAAAGAGGUGACAAAAAAGCUGUUAGCUUGGUCGUGAUUGUCGACGCUCAUGGGUCGUUUGCUCUAUGAGCUGGGGAGAGUCGACGAAAAGACUCGUGUUGCUAAUGAAAGAGGUAGCAGUAAAGCUGGGAAGAGUAGUUUCAGCUGGGCAUGGGAGUUGGAUGGGACCGUCGAAGAACGAGAGAGAGGAAUCACGAUGGACAUUGCUUUACAAUCGUUGUCAACUCCUCAACGACAGGUCACCAUUCUAGAUGCCCCUGGACACAAGGACUUCAUCCCAAACAUGAUUUCCGGAGCCGCGCAAGCCGAUUGCGCGUUACUUGUAGUCGAUGCUAUCACUGGGGAGUUCGAGGCAGGUUUCGAUCGCGGUGGUCAGACUCGUGAACAUCUGCUGCUAGUUCGGAGCCUCGGCGUAUCUCAAGUCAUUGUGGCAGUCAACAAAUUAGAUCAGGUCAAUUGGGAUCCGAGUCGAUUUGAAGAAAUAUGCGGGUUGUUACGUGCCUUCCUUGUUCAGUCUGGGUUUCCCUCUUCGAAAACGAGCUUUAUUCCAGUAAGUGCCAUGCUUGGCGUCAACCUUGUCAACUGUACGAAUACCGAUGCUUCGGCACUGUCUAAAUGGUACAAAGGCCCUACGCUAGUUGACUUGCUUGAUAAACUGGAGCCCCCCACUCGCGAAAUUGCCUCUCCAUUCAGAUUGCCAAUAUCCAAUGUCUUCAAGGGACAAAGUUCCGGAACGGGCGUAACCGGUCGUAUAUGCGGUGGCGUUGUGCAAGUUGGAGAACGCCUUCGAGUACUUCCGGGAGAUGAAUCUGCGAUCGUUCGACUUAUCGAUGUUGAGGAACAGAGCGUGCCUUGGGCAGCAGCUGGAACCAAUGCAACUCUGUACCUGACUUCCAUCGACCCUAUCCAUCUGAGCAUCGGAACCGUUCUUUGUCUGCCAUCAGAUAUUGUGCCAUUGGCUACAGUCUUCACAGCUCGAAUCAUAGUAUUCGAUAUCCAACUCCCAAUCACUACUGGUGCAUCAAUCGAGCUAUUCCAUCACUCACGAGAUGUACCUGCCACGAUAUCAAAGUUGAUAGCUACUUUGGACAGAGCUUCUGGGGUAGUAACAAAGAAGAACCCUCGGGUACUGACCAAGGGUAUUUCUGCUGAGGUGGAGAUUAGCCUGCGUGCCGGGACCCUAUCAGGUCCUGCACUCAGCGCUCGCCCUAUUCCAUUGGAGCCGUUCUCCGUGAACAAAGACAUGGGAAGAAUUCUCGUUCGACGGGGAGGUGAGACAAUAAGCGCAGGUAUUAUUGUGGACAUUAUCUCCUGAAAUUAAGACAGUAUCACGAUAGAAAUGCAAAUACAAUGCCACUACUUAUGUACAACAGCCACAUAAAUCCCACAGGAAUUCUCAUUAAUAAAAGAGA